AUAUUCAAAUUGGUUUUAUAUUUAACUGAUUUGCAGGCAUCGAAACCGAGAGCAUCAAAUAUCACUUUUUCAACAGUUACAAGUGCCACGGGUUUGCCAACCAUUGCUGCGGAACCGUCAAGGCCAAGAUCAAGCAGUUUUAAAAGUGGAAAGAAUUUGGCCAAAGUGUACGAUGGAACAAUAUUCGACUGUGACGAGAUUGAUAAUGAUCCUUAUUUGCUUAGGAUUUCCGAAUGGGGUUUUCCUAUAUUUAAUCUUGCAGAGAAGAAUAAAGUUACUGUGUUAUCAAAGUUGAUAUAUACUGUAUUUGCGCAUUUUGAUUUAUUCCGUAUAUUUCGCCUUUCUUUAAAGAAAUUCUUCAAUUUUUUCCACGCACUUGAAAAAGGAUAUUGGGAUAUACCAUAUCAUAAUCGAAUUCACGCCGCUGAUGUAGUUCAUGGUUGUUUUUAUUUGACUUGUCAUCCAGUUCGAGCAUUCCUUCACAAUUCGCCGUUGCCAGUUUCGGAAAGGAUGAGUACUUUAGAACUGAUGGCUCUUUUCACUGCGGCAGCGAUGCAUGAUUAUGAUCAUCCAGGUCGAACAAAUGCUUUUUUAGUUGCAUGCGAAGAUCCUAAAGCAAUAUUGUACAAUGAUCGUUCAGUACUGGAAAAUCAUCAUGCCGCAGAAUCAUGGCGAUUAUUAAGCAGAUCAGAAAAUACAUUUAUUGACACCUUAGAUGCAGCAGAAAUUAAGCGAUUCAGGUAUCUUGUACUGGAAUAUAUUCUCGCCACUGAUCUUAAGCAACAUUUUGAUAUAAUUGUGCAAUUUAAUGAGAAGGCACCCACUAUGGAUCUAACGAACGAAUCUGAUCGAGUUCUGGUUUCGCAAAUGUUAAUAAAAUUUGCGGAUAUUAAUAGUCCUUCGAAACCAUAUCCACUGCAUCGACGGUGGACUGAUCGGAUAUGCGAAGAGUUUUAUGAGCAAGGCGACGAGGAAAAACUUCGUGGAAUGCCUGUGUCGCCGUACAUGGAUCGAAGUGAACCAGCUGUUGCCAAGUUGCAAGACUCAUUUAUCGUGCAUAUUGUUAACCCCCUUGCUGUAGCUCUUAAUGAAGUUGGCCUUUUGCCUAUUCUUCCAGGUCUUGAAGAGCCUGAACUUCUAAUUAAUCUCAAACACAAUCACCAGAAGUGGCUUCAAGAACUUGACUUCCAGAAUACGGAUGAAAACGUUCUUUUAUGUAAUAAUGUAUUAAAUAAGAUUUCAACAGCAGAAGGCACAGUUGAGGAGCAGGUAUAUCACAUUUUUUGCGCUCAUCAUUUCUAA